AUGCCCUCUCAUCCCGUUCAAACUUCUCAGUGCAUCCCAUCGCUAGGUGCAAACACAACAUUGAGUACGUUCAAGGAGACCUCCUCGUGCCUGCGUCUCAACGUCAGUCUGCCUCGUCGAUCAUCCAGUGACACCAACUCUGACAUUAAUCUCAGUGGCAAAGGUCAUGUAAGUAGUAUAGACAGCCAUAAUGGAGACAAAAGAGGCAUCUCUUCACGCUUGCGUCCAGCAAUGAGUGAUCACCGACUUAUGGGCUCCUCUCAGCAUGUUGAAGGAAUCCGAUGGCAUAGCUAUAGUGGAGCACCACCACGCAGUCUCUUCGACGAGGACAUCAAACAUUCCUCUCCAGGCGUUUUAAAGGCCACUGGCGUCCAUGGAGAUGCAUCACCAAACACUUCGGGAGAGGAAGGUACAGGCUUGCUGACAAGUCUUGAGCGCGCCUCUAAAUCGGCCUUCAUUUUGGCACCAGAUGGCAGUUGUGUCUUCUUUUGGUCCUGGGUGGUUUGUGUGGCAUGUCUCUACAAUGUGUGGAUCAUUCCCUUCCGUUUCGCCUUUGAUGAGAUCACACGUGUCACCGCCUCAGUGUGGUUUACACUGGAUUACUUUGCAGACGGUCUCUAUUUCCUUGAUCUCUUGUUGGGAUUUCGGAUCGCCUACCUAGAGAAUGGAAUCCUUCAAAAGGAUCUGCGCAAAACUCGACAACACUAUCUCAACUCCAUACGCUUCUAUCUAAACUGUUUGUGUAUUUUGCCCCUCGAUCUUCUCUACAUUUCCGUGGGUGUUAUGUCACUUCUACGUAUUCUGCGUUUUGUAAAGCUCUACAAACUCUUUGAAAGCAUUGACAUGGCUCAACGUCACACCAUCCAUCCAAAUGUCUUCCGUGCUUUUGGCUUCAUCAUCAUUACUCUAACCGGAUUGCAUUGGAAUGUGUGUUUCUAUCAGUCGGCAGUGCGAUCCCUCGGUACACAUCACAACACCACCAAUGACGUCUUAACCACUUAUCUACGCGCAGCUCAUGACAGUUUGCUUUGUCUGACCCUUCAAAAGGCGCCUCAUCACCUCACCGAAGGGGGCAACCCUCGACAACUCUACGCCUUUCUCAUAUUCGAGGGAUUGAUAGGCAUUGCCAUUAUUACCAGCCUCAUUGCCAAUGUCAAUAUGCUGGUUGCUAAUGCGCAUGUCAAUGAGAAUGAAUUUCGACGUCAAUUGUCAGAGGUUCGAAUGUACUUAGUCCGACGCAAAGCUCCCGAGACAUUGAAACGACGUGUAGUGUGUUGGUUUGACUACCUUUGGCGCCAAAGUCACAUUCCAGACGAGCAGAGAGUGUUCAAACACCUGCCAGAUCGGUUAAAAGCCGAGGUGGCCAUUCAUGUACACUUGGACAUGCUCAAACGUGUGGACAUGUUCCAAAACACCGAGGAGGGCUUCCUCCUAGACCUGGUCUUGCGUCUUCGACCUGCACUCUUCUCACCCGGCGAUUUUAUUUGUCGUAAAGGCGAAAUCGGACGAGAGAUGUUUCUCGUGAGUCAAGGCAAGUUGGAUGUUCUUGCGGCAGACGAGGGCACCAUUUUGGCCACACUUGGACCUGGCAGCUACUUUGGUGAAAUCUCCAUUCUCAACAUGGGUAAUGUGGGCAAUCGACGCACCGCAUCUGUGCGCUCUAUCGGGUACUCCGAUCUCUUCUGCCUCUCCAAGGAGGACCUUUGGGAUGUGCUGAAUGACUAUCCAUCGGUGAAGCGAAAAUUGGAGAAAGUUGCUUUUGAUAGACUCAGUGCCUGCAAAAGUCCCCUUCCAUACAACGAUACUUGUGAAGGUUUUUUUUUUGGUAAAAAGACAAAACGACAUCCCAUUUCAGGCGAAGUAGAGUUGCAUGGACGUCCACAACGAAGUGUUUCAUCAGUGUCGUCUGUUUCUCGAAGAUCGCCAUUUCCUCUUUCCCUUCCACUUCAAAUGCCACCAUCUGUUCCACCGUCCAGUCGGCUUGGUUUGAAACGACGGCGUUCUGCACUUUCUAUGAAUUCGUCAUACUUACCGUGCAACAACCACGGUGCCUGGGAUCGCCACACAUCGCUGGAUCGAAGCUGUUCAACAAAAACUGCCCCAAUUCUCCACCGCCAAUUCUCUCUUCAAUGUAAUUACGGGGAGACUCUAGAAUCCGUUACGCAGACUCAACGUCGAGCUAUCACUUCAGCAGUUCUUCGUUCAAUGCACAAUCCUAGCGAAGAAGCUCCAGCUACAUCCAUUCUCCUUCCACCCGAUGUUGCAAACAAUCCUAUUCCACAAAUUCGUUUUGAAAGAGCUGCUACACCGGUGGGACGGCCAAAUCUGGAGACUGAAUUGAAGCCACUUCCAGUUCAGUUCAGCAUCCCCGAGGACAUUCGAGGGGAAGAGCAGAGUCAGACUCUGUUGCAGUUGCCUGAAUCAACCAAUCACCUCUUCAAUGCCUCCACAUCCACCUCCGCUUCAGGCUCUGGUUGCGGGUCUGCUUCAACCUCACCCUUUUUGGCACACUCGGCUCAGCUGAAUCUGCUUCUCGAGCUCCAGCAGCGUGUAGCUUCACUUGAGUCAGAAAAUCGAGUGCUCUCCAUGUGUCUGCUGCAAUCCAUGGGACAGACUGAAGCGACUGACCGACCGACAGUUUGA